AUGGCUUUAGUUCAUGAGAACUCGGCACCAUCCACCAAAAGUGAACUUGAUAUUUUUCAAUUACCGCCCACGCAAAUUGCCGUAGAUUUAGCCCAGUGGGUGGAAUUCAGGCCUCUGAAUACACUAACGGAUGGGGGUCCAAUAGAGUUUGUGGUGAAGGGGGAACCUGACAACUAUCUGGACCUGGCCCAUACGCAGUUAUACAUCAAGUUGCGUGUGAUAAAAAAGGACGGUACGAAUUUAACUCAAGAGACUGUAGAUGCCGAUGGUAAUAAGACGGCUGGGUCAAAGGUGGCCCCUGUUAAUCUUUUACUGCAUAGCCUGUUUUCACAGGCUGACGUGUCCUUCAACGACCGCUUGAUCAGUCCGAGUAGCAAUACAUAUCCUUACAGGGGUUACUUAGAGACCUUACUAAGCUACGGCGCCGAGGCCAAAGGUACACACCUCGGGCAGGCGUUGUGGAUAAAGGAUGAGGCCGGGAAAUUUGACGUUAAUGACCCUUGGGCCGAUGCUCCUAAUAGCGGUUUAGUGAAACGUUACAAUAGCAUUAAGGGUAGUAAAACGCUAGAGUUACUCGGUCGGGUGCACACUGAUGCUUUUAGUUUGCAGAAGUUGCUUUUGAAUAAUAUCGAUGUAAAGUUGAAAUUUAUCCGUCAAAGUGACGCAUUUGCCCUAAUGUCGGCCGAUGAAGACCCCUCCUACAAGAUUAAUAUUAUGGAGGCGGCACUUUACGUUAAAAGGGUUCAUGUCGCCCCCACCAUACAGCUAGCGCAUAAUAGAGCCUUGGAAAAAGCCAACGCCAAAUACCACCUGACCAAGACUGAUGUUAAAGUAAUAAAUAUACAGGCCGGUAAUAGGACGGUAACAAAGGAUAAUGUUUUCUUGGGGGAACUACCCAAGCGGGUAAUAUUAGGUAUGGUCAAUGAUGCGGCUAUGUCUGGUAAUUUUAAAUUAAAUCCCUUUCACAUGCGACAUAAUCACAUCACUUAUUUGAGUACUAGUAUUAAUGGCCAGCAGAUACCUUCCCAACCACUUAAACCUGAUUUCGAUAAGGGGGAGUAUGCACGGGCCUACAUGUCACUUUUUUCGGCAAAUGGUAAUUUGUAUAGAGACCAGGGAAUAGAUAUAAGCAGAGGUGAAUAUGCAGAAGGAUACACUUUGUUCGCUUUUGAUAUUUCGCCUAGUAUCGGUGAGGACAGUCUGUCACUCAUUAGAAAGGGUAAUUUUAGGAUUGAAAUGCAUUUUGCUGAAGCGCUAACGGAGACAGUAAAUUUGCUACUCUACGCCGAAUUUGAUGAUGUCUUUGAAGUCACAAAAGAAAGACAAAUACUCGUGGAUGGGUAG